GCUGACAGUCGGAAUCCAGCGAGCGAGCCGAGCAGGAUCCGGUGAAGAACGAACGUCGGCCGAAGAAGAAUCUCCGACAGAGCAAGAAGAGCGGAGCGGAACCGAGCCGAGGAAGAAGAAGAAACAAGCGAGCGAGCAGCAGCGAGUGCCAUGACGGACGACGAUCGCUCCUCCUGUCGAUGCCUGUCGCCUUCGAACCGGAGCCCCGCCGACGACGAGCAGGUCGCUCAGAUCUUUUCUUUUCCGAGCGCUUUGCUUUGGCGAUUCUGGAGUUCGAGUCGCGGCGCUACUCCGGCUUCCGCUCACUGUCGAUCCUCAGCGGCGGCAUUCUGCAUUCGAAAAGAUUUCGAUCCGAAUCCUCCCCUCGGCGCGAGAUGGAGCGCAAGAUUCAGUAGUCGGAGUUUAGGAGAUGGAGCGCUUGCUGGCUAAUUGGUUGUGGAUUAGGGUUGUCGCCGGGAAAGCGAGGAAUUUGAUCGAUGCAGGGGCGAAUUUCGAGGGCGGAGAUGUGCAGGCGGUGUGGGCUUAGCUGAGAGCGGGGGUGCAAAUGUGAUCGCACGGGACUGGUGAGGAGUGCUGGUGCAAGUGCGCGUUUUAUUUUGGGAUUUUUUUCGAAUUUGCAGCGGCGAUGGAAGUGGCUGCAAAUCGAGCCACAAUGGACACGGGUGACUGAAGAAAGGAGAGCCAUGCAUUGUACGAAGGAUGUAAUGUGGUUUUCUGGUUCCCACAGGUUUGGGCUGUUGUGACACAUGCUCCUCUUAUGAAAAUGAGCGGUGGUGGGAAAGAUGCAGUGCCUGCCCCUGCGCCGAGUGGUCCGGGCAGGGGAAGGCCGAAGAAGGUCAGGCCAAGAGAGAGUGAACCGGCCGGAGUUGUAUCAGGGAUUGGCGCAGAAGUGAAGAGGAGAAGAAAAAUCGCCACUGCAGGCGGAGACACCCGAGAAUUGGGAGCUAGCACAGCAGGAGCUUCAGCUGAACAGGAGACAAGCUCAGUCGAGCUCAAAAAUGCUGAUCAGGCCAACACUCGAGUCAAUGCCCGUAGUCAAAAGCAUCCUAUGAACAAACGGAAGCAAAAUGAGCUUUAUCCCGGUGGGAGCGAUGGGGGAAUUGGGUCUGUACUAGAUCAUGGCAGAGAGGUAGAAAGUCAGGAUGACGGGAAAGGAACGGCCCUGGACUUGGUGCUCAAAGUUCAUGGCGUGGUUGUCCACGCAACAGAACGAGCUGCUGCAUUCCCUGGGGAAACCGGGCAGGGUUCCUUGGGGGAAUCCAAUUUGUGUGCUUGCUGUUCGAAGCCUGAAGUUUCCAAACAAACAAUUGUCUGUGACGGAUGUGAGAGGAGCUUUCACAUUACGUGCUUGAAGCUCGCUCUGCAAUCUGCUACCGACAUCGAUGACUGGAUUUGUACUUCUUGCUCCGCCUCCUAUCCGGAAUCGGAAGUCUCUGCUGGUGUCUCGAAAGCCGUGAGGGAAAACCUGGAACGAAUACUAUUUAGUCGAGAGAGGAAGACAUCUGAUGAUGAUGUAGGUGUGCAUAAUGAAGUCCCAGGAACAGCUUGUAGUAGUGUGGGUGUCAGUCAAUCAGAGGUGCCCGUGGCAGCAACAUCAGAGCACACUGAGCAAGAUUUGGUUCACACUAAUGGGCCAAAUGUUCCUGACGGCGAUCAGCAGAGGCAGGAUUCUUCAAAUCAAAGCGUACCCCCCGAGACCGAUUCCUUGGAUCCAGAGAAAGCCAACAAUAAAGUUUCGGAAAGUAUUUCACGGAAGAGUGUCGAAGAUGAUUUGGAUAGAAGUAUGGCGUCUGAUUCUGUAGAAGAGGUUACAAAGGCCGAGCAAGCCAAAUCACCGGAAGCUGAAAUAGGUCCUUUAAAUGUCACUGUGGUGCCGGACAGCCCUGGACCGUCUACGGCGUUCACAGAGAUCACUUUGGCAGAGAGUGCAUCAGAGAUAGUUGAGCUAUCAGAGGAAAUCCAACCUACCCGAGCAGAGGAAAGUUCAUGUGUCAACGAAGUAAUGCUUUCAGUCCCGGCAGGAAUGUCAACCGUAUCAGGUCCAAAGGUCUCUUGUACUAUUGUUGAAGAGUGCGCCGAGGGAGGAAAGCAUUCUAUUUUAGCAGAAUCAUCGUCCUUGGUUGAAAGCCGGCCGCACGUCAUUCUAGAGGAACUUCAAGUCACUGAAGCAAGCACGUCGAUGCUAUCUUCCGUUGAACCGACAGUGGUAAUUGAGAAGGAGGUGACAUGUGUAUCCACUCUAGAAGUAAUAACAAGUGUGUCUGAUAUUGAGCUGCCUGUCCCCGUAGAGGACCCGGAAGUUUUGAAUGAUAUGAAUCAGGCAGAUUCGUCAGCGGAGCCUACAGUAGCACGGGAGGAGAAAAUUAUGGAUAGCGUAGUUGCAGGACAGAUCAUGCCAGUGGUUGAGAGCAAUUUGUCCGGGAGUCCAGACGAGAGUGAAGACUCUAGUAUAAGUUUGUCAACAAAAUCCUCACCGGAUCUCACAGUUGCGAAGGAGGUAGCGCAAGCGAGUCCUGUGCUGGAUUCAAGGGAGGCAGACAACGCUGCUGUCGAAAGAGUACCGGAUGAGCCUGGUUCGAUGACAGAAGUUACACAUGUACAAUUGAGCGGAACCUUCAUGCUUCAAGAAUCUGACGAUAGCCUUAAGUGCAUAAGCACCGAUAAUCUGGCCCCGGAUGAGACAUUAUGUACCACUAAGCCGUCUGAAACCGAAGAGAAGGGAGAGAGAAUGAACGGAAGUAGAUUGUUGGAACAUAUUCCAGAAGGUCUUAUGUGUGAACCCAGAAACGCCGGGGAACCUGUGGGGGUUUUGGAGCUUGGAGGUCAGAAUGUUUUUUCCACUUCUCCUCGUGUUGCUACCAGCCCGACCAGCUCUGCAGACGUGGCUGGUGUGCGGCCAGAAUGUCAGCAGUCAAAGAAGUCACGGAAUAAGAGUCCUAUCGGAUAUCCUGAUAGAGUGAGCAUUACAUCUGUGGGUCCAAACAGCACCCCGGCCAGGAAAGGCAGAGAAGAAGCUUCACCAUCGGGAACUGAUGAUCCGCAAUUAAAAAAAUUUGCAGUGGAUACAUUACAGCAGCUCAGGGAUUCCAUCAGAGAGAAGCAUGGUUUAGUGCUAGCUGAGGGAUGGGAGGUUGAUGUGAAGAGGAGGAGGAAUGAGAAGCACUUGGAUAAGUAUUACAUUUCGCCUGAAAAGCAUCGAUUUCGAUCACGGAUAGAGGUUAUGAAGCAUCUGGGACUAUGGGAUGGCUUGAAGUCCAAUUUAUUUGAUAAAUCGAAAGCAAAGCAUGAGGUUCAAACACCUCAAUCCAAGGAAUGGUUGUCAUUGCUCCAACAGUUGUCUAGAAGGCAUGAGGAGUUGCAACCGCCUUUCAAGCUUGGAGAUCUGGUUAUCGAAUCACUUGGGCACAUCGCUUUACAACGGAGAUACUGGGACGAACUUCACAUUUGGCCUGUUGGGUAUCGAUGCACGUGGCAUGAUCGAACCACGUCGUCUUUCUGCGUGAGCGAAGUUGCUGAUGGUGGAAGCUCGCAACCUAUUUUCCGAGUAAGCAGGAAGUUCUGUCUGACAGUGGUAGAGUUGGGUGACGUGAAAGGAGCCCCAGUGGACGUCAACGUGGACAUUCCUGAGAAGACUAGGAAAGACUCGCCGACAAAAGAAGUGGGAACUAAAACCAGUCCAGUCGAUAAUCCAUCUUCUGGAUUUCACAGAGUAAAAAACCCGUUUGGCAGCGUAUACGAUGUCGAGGAGGAGGAGUCAUUGAAAGCACUUCUUGGUGACAUGGAAAGCUUUCCAUCGACUGUCCAAUAUGAAAAUGUGAAGGUUUGUGAAGACAGCCGAAUUGCAGAUGGAACUUGUAAUCCUGACACGACGGCUGUUUUAGAAAAGCGCGAUGAUCGGCAACCACGAGAUAUAAUAGGUGAAUUUUCAGUAGAGGCAUCCUCUACGGCUGAGGCUUGGAAGCUUUAUGCAGAGCAAUUCGUGGAACGCUUUCAGAAAGCGUCUGAGAACUUUGGGCCUUUACUGAUGAUGUGCACACACGAAACACCUGCAGCUGUAGAACCAGUGACUAGACAGGAUCUUGAGUCCAAAGACCUGUUGCAAACGCUUUCGCAAGAUCGAUUUGGAUUGAACGAAACUCUGGUUAUAGGACUGAUUGAAAGGUUGUUAAAUUCGGAUAAAUGCUCUGGUUACAAGUCACUCAAACAGCGAGGCCUUUCAUGGAGAGCGCAGGAACCAGUUGAAGUCACUGUUCAACCCCCACGUUUGAGAAUAAGGGAGAAGGCAAGGAAGCACAGAAAAGCUCCUGAAGUCUCAGUUGAAGACGGGACCGGAGCUGCGGAGCUGGCGGAUGUUAUUGUCAAAGAUGCUAUUGGUAAAGAUGAUAUUGGUAAAGAUGCUAUUGGUAAAGAUGCUAUUGGUAAAGAUGGAGCAGAUGUCUCAGUUCUUCGAGGAGAGCGGCCGCCUCCUCCUCCAGGUCACUCCCUUAGACUGAGGUUGCCAUCCGAAUAUGUUGGGGACGUCCUGCAGAUUUGGGAAUUUCUCGGCCGGUUUUCAAACCUUAUUGGCUUUCCUCAGCCUCCCAUGCUCGAGGACUUGGAAAAAGGCCUCAUCUGUGGGUCAGCAAGUGUAAGCGCUUGUGUAGAUGCAAGCCCACCACUCGAAGUUGGAACUGAUUGCAUGGCAGCUAAUCGCAAGUUUCAGUCUGACAAAAGGCGUGAUUCAAUCCGUAACUUGGACAUUCCAGAUGUGGCACCAAGAAGCACCAGUGCUGAUACCUCUGGAAGUCCACGAACUCCAAUGAAGAGUCUCCUUCCUGGACGCACUCUGUUGUCGAGCACCACGCAGGGGUCUCAACAGAAUGAUGUAAGCCGCGUGGAGCGCCUUUGGGACGAAGAUGGUAAGACAGUAUCUGGAUGCCUAUCUAAUGAUGGAAACUCUUUGAUGGAAUUCGAACCUGAUGUUGUAAAGGGAAGAGCCGUCUGUGCCGAUGUUCAUCCAAAGUCGGAAUCAAAGGUGAUGGAUGAACGAGGAAUUGCGUCUGCAGCAUCUCUUCAUGUACCGUUGAUGAAGUUCUUGUUAUCUGAUCUACAAUCGAAGGUUUGUGGAUUCGAGGAAUUUCCCGGUGAUUCGGAGGAGUCUAAGCACAAAAGGGGAAGGAAGCGGAUCCGAGAUACCGGCUCAAACUUAACUCUUGGAAGAGAGAAGUUGAUAGGUUCUUUUUCCAUAAACGAAGUUACUUGGCCUGAGGUUGCCCGCCGAUAUAUCAUAUCUCUGUCGAGAAUCUCGAAGAUCGGCGAGAAUGCCGAAUACAGGAGAGAGGAAUGUAUGAAGAUUUUAAGGUGCAUACAAGGGGAUGGAGGAGUUCUUUGUGGAGCUCUUGAUGGAGUGGCAGGAAUGGAAAUUGAUGCACAGUUACUAGCAGAAGCAGAGAAGGAGAUAUCCACGUUGAUGCUUGGAAAUGAAGACACAGCAGCUCCCACUACACCGCCUCAAAACGGCGCCUCCAGAGAAGUAGUUGAGGAAGCCCGCGGUCAGGAUUCAUCUGGUGAAAGUGCUCUCUGGGUCAAGCUUCUGGAUCCAAUUGCAAAGCUUCCCACCAAUGUCGGAUCGCGAAUCCGAAACCGGGUUAUUGAUGCGCUUGCAGCAAACCCCCCUGCAUGGGCAGCUGAGAUGCUGACAUACUCCAUUAGUAAGAAAGUGUACAAAGGAAAUGCUUCUGGGCCAACCAAAAGAGCGGUCAUGGAAGUGCUGCACAAGUAUCGAGGCGAGGAUCCAGAUCCGAAGUUGAAAAAGACCAAGAAACAACGAAAGCGAGUUCUACCUUCCCCAGAAGUCGUCAUGCAGCGAUGUCGUAUCGUACUUCGACAAGUAGCAACAGCGGACACACUCCGUGUCGUCUCUAAAAGCUACAGGUGUAUGACAAAUUUUUAUGAAAGCGAAGGGGAAGGUUUACUUGCACGACCUCUUGACUUUCGUGCCAUCGAUCUGAGGCUAGGUGCUGGAGCGUAUGGAACAUCUCCGGAUGCAUUUGCUGCAGACGUGAAGCAGAUCUGGAGAAAUGUUGCUACGCUCUAUGAUAGUGGCAGCAUCGAAGCCUCAGCUGCAAGCGAGCUAGCGGAGCUUUUUAAUACUUUAUAUAACAAACAGGUUCUUGUAUUUCAAAGAGGUGGAGAUCAGGCAGCUCUGACAGGAUCGGAUGGUCAGAAUGCUGGAGACCUGAAUCAGGAGAGCGAAAAGAACCCCGCUGAUUCUGAGAAGCCACCAGGAUCCGAUGUGAACAAACCUGUCAAAGCACCGUGGGAAGAUGAUUCUUGCCAAGUUUGUGGCAUCGACGACGAUCACGAUAAUGUUCUUCUCUGUGAUGGUUGUGAUGCUGAAUAUCACAUUUACUGCUUAAAUCCACCUCUGCCAGAGGUUCCGGAUGGAAACUGGUUUUGCCACUCUUGCGUUGCCGUUGACACGGGCUUUCUGGAGGCACCCUCCGCUCCGGAAAGUGGCUCAGAAGCUAAAUUACUGGACAAGCAAGAAGAUCACCAUCAGUUGAGGGGACAAUGUUUUGAGGACAUAACUGAGAAGGACCAGCUGCGGAGGUCAGACGCCUCAGUACAUUCAGCUCUGCGUGCUCUCGUCCUGAAGCUCGCCGAGACAGACUACUGGCAUCUGACGUUGGCAGAAAGAGUCUACUUGCUGAAGUGGCUAUGUGACCAAGCGUUGGAAACCCCGAAGCUGAGGUCUCACCUGGAGAAGAGCAUGGAAGUAGCACUCGACCUACAACAAAGGCUUCGAACGUUACUGGUGGAGCGUCGGAGGAAUGCUGAUCAAGAUGAUGCAAGGCCUGACAGCUCUAGAGAGGGACCUAGGGAGGUGAACAUUUUGCCAAUAUUUCAAGCUCGAGGUGCGAAUUCCAAGAGACCAGAUGAAUUUGAUGAAGAAUCAUCUGUACAGGUGGACGUAGUAGACGGGUUGUCAGUCUCAGGCCUGUCUACUGGUGCAGUUGGAAUGAGUAGGGUCCUACAAUCUGACCCUACGGAGUUUGUCUGGCCCGAGGGGCAUGCAGCUCUGUUGGCAACCGGAGCGGUUAGGCCGAACGACCCGAGUGGUAGCACUGGUUCAGCGAAACUGUCACGGGGAGAGCAAGAGGAGAAGGAUGUUGCAUCUGAUCAGUCCACACAAAUUGCUGUAUUUCAGCCAAUGGAGGUGGAUUGUUUUCCAAGCUCCGCGCUCUUAAGGAGUGUUGUCCCGUUGAAGGAAGGACCCAAGGGAGGGGUUCAAGCCUGCAGUAGCGAACGGAUUGUGGAGUCUGGUGAUCUGAAAGUCGUGGGUACACCAACUGGGGUAUCUGCUGAUAGGAUUAGGAAAAACGCGGAAAGUCCUGUACAUUGUAGUCCUCUUAUUGUUGUUGAGCCUAGGAAUCUAACCUCAUCAUGGGAUGAAGUUUUGGAAGCAAGAAGUAAGCGUCCUAAGGACGAGCCACUAGCUUGCCCAGAGGUGGAGGUGGAGGUGGAGUUCGAGGAAACAACCUUGCCUCGCAGUUCGAGCAGUUUCUUGGAUGCAGAAAUAGAGAAGAUCAAGACGAAGCUCAUGCGUGUAAAUAGUCGAAGGGAUCUUCUGGGCAGGGAUGAUAUUGGAAGGAUGUACUGGGGCCUGUGCGGUUCUAGGACCACACCUUGGCUAGCAGUUGAGGCAGCUGAUGCCAGUAACCAAAGCCAAGCAGAAGACAGAGAAGGGCUAACUGCAGGAGCAGAGUCGGUUGUCCCAGUCAACAGCAAUGUACAUAUUCCCCUUGCCGAGAAGUUCAGAAAGGACGACGUCUCCGAGAAGCAAGUUCAGCUCAGCAGACUAGCUGCAGAGGGACUUGCAUCUCACGUUCGUGAGAAUGAGGAGAGAGAUUCUCUUCUGAAUGAAGCGCAGCGGCGACUCGGGGAGGAAGUACCUUGGUUCAUUUAUUCGAAUGGAGCUGUCCUGGAUCAGCUGAUAGAAUGGUUGUCGCCCACGAGUAAUCAGGAGAAGAUGCUGAAGGCGGCACUGCUGCAGUGGAGAAGCUUGCUGUUGGUCUACAGCGGUGCAGGACCUGAGCAGGCGGGAGGGUUAAGAGAAGAACUCUCUGGAUGUUUUGUAAGUGGAAUUUACGGAUCAAACACAUUUGGUGACAUGGGUGUCCGUUCUCAGGUUGUAGCCAAAAGUAGAAGAGGUAUAACGCCGGCUUUGAAAGCAAGCUGUCUUUUGGAGUGGAAACUUGGUCAAGUUAGUGACUCUUCAGUCAAAGGAUCUGCAACAUCUGGCCUGUCCAAGAGGGGACGGAAGAAAAAGAUGCAACAGAGCUCCAAAAUAACACGUUGUGAAUGCUUGGAACCAAUAUGGGCAUCACGAUGCCACUGUUCAACAUGUCACACUACCUACGACACAGAUCUAGAAUUUCAGGCCCAUACAACCGGCGGCACUUGCAGCAAUGCCGGAACCAAAGCUUUUGAACAUGGAGAUCUAAGAUCAGGCAAAAAGUCCGGCCACAGCACCAAAUCCCUAACCUCGACCAAAGUUUUGAAGUCUGCGGUUGCACAGCAGCCGUCCAUAGGAAUAAUUUUACCUCCCGAUGUUUCAAAGAUGCCUAUGGUCAUCCGCGAAUCCAUGAGAGAGCGUAUCAACAGAAUAGGAUGCAUCGCCGAUAAGGGACCGAUUUUUACACCCGGUCUGGCUAUUUCCCCGGCAUUUGAUCCGGCUCUGAUGAUGUUUGAUACUUCACGGGAAUCUAUGUUACUAAUGGCUGGAGAAUCCGUUAGUGUUGAGGGGAUCCUCGGCACCAUAGCGGUUGGAGCGACAUCUUGCAUGAGCCAUGGAGAUGUCGACAAUUCGCUUACCGGUUAUCGGAUCCUUAUAAGCAGUUCGGAAGAUCUACCUGGACCAGCGAUCGAGGCUUCGGAGGGCACGGAGGCUGCGAAGACGAUUGAUCACAUGAAUGCUAGAAAUAUGGUUCCAACAACGAAUAGCGUUGUGCAAGAACAUGCCGGGCUACUAGCCUCGGACGGCAAGGGGCUUACAACAACGAACGAAGACUUUCAGAUGAAUCAAACUCAGCCAGCUGUCUCUGCUCCAAGCUUAGGAAGAACUUUGUCAGGUGCACAUGCUCCUCCAUACGAAUCGAGUGGCAACCUGUCGCGCUGCAAGGCUUACAGCAGAAAUUUUAAGGUGACUGGCAAGCAGUUAACGAUUCCAGAGGCAUCAUUACGACCUCUCGAAGAUGAAGAAGAUCUCGAAAUACUGCAACAGCUCAAGAUGAAGUUGCUCGACAUCGAGGCUGCUGUAUCUCAAGAUAUGAGCGAAAGUGCGCGGGGCUACUCACGUAGACGACAAGCAUGGCGUUCGCUGCUGAAGUUUGCGAAGUCCAUCUACACGAUGGUGCAGGCCGUAGUUCUUCUGGAGCAGAUGAUAUGCGCAGAUUUUUUGAGGACCUCUUGGUGCUACUGGUCUUCUUUCACUGUUGCAGCGAAAACAGCCACUCUGUCGUCUCUGUACCUGAGGGUGUAUGCCCUUGAUGCAGCAAUCGAGUUCGAGAAGUCAGAACAUUACGCAGGAGUAGACUUUACUUUGAUUGAAGGUAUACAGGGAAGAAGGGAAAAAGAGAGAGACGAUAGGAAACAUUCUCAAUCCACGAAAUUCACUGCUCGCAAGAAAAGGAAAGAGGAGGUCAUCGUCAUACUUGAAGGAUAAAGAGUGUGUACAGUAUUGCCGCGUUGUAGGUCGCUUUGGAGUUAGGAAUUUUGGUAUCUGCCUCCCGAUUAUGAGCUGCCGUUCUGCUCCUGAUGCCCCGGGACGUUUCUCCACAUUCAUACCCAUGAAAGAUAGGCGAGGAGGCACCGACCUUUGUGUCACAUUCAUUUGCGACUCAUGAUGUUCCAAACAUCAUACUUGUUCAUAUCUUAUAAAUUAAGUUGAAGGUCCUUGAAGUUGAUCUGGACACCAUUCUCACUGGAGCAGCCCAAAUUGGUGUACACCAUCUCUAAUGGCCUUUUCCGUGACUGUCAUCUCGUUCCCUUUUUGUGUGAUCGGGUAUGAGUAUGUCCAGCCCGAGUUCUCCUUCAAGCAGUUCAUCCUUCCAAGAGUGAACUGCCUUUCCUUUCUGGAGCAGAACUGACGACUGUCUGGAGUGACUGAUCGACAGUCACUCGACUAAAUUAUUCAUACGUGAGACGGAGCUUUCAGCUUUGGUCAAGAAGAAGACCAAGAUGAAUUAUUCUGCGGGCGUUUUCUGAUGGAACGCAAGACUUCGUAAUGUGGUUACCAUCAUUGUGUAAAACACAGUUGUAAGGAUGAUAAGGAGACACUCUGGUAACAUGCUUAUCCGGACAAAGCGGGAUUUCUCAAGAAGGAAAUUUGUUGACGAUGUUGAAAACGAUCUUCGCUGACUGCAAAGAUCAGCGAAGAUCGUAAAAUUUCAGUUCGGUACAAGAAACUUUGUACAACAUUGGAUCACAAACCUCCCGUGAUCACAAAUCCCACGGGGGAAUGCCAUCUGAUCAGUUAGUGUUGUCUCUCAGAAGGCUCAUGGGAAGGUUCUCAAUACGUAGCCAGCUCUUUGUGUAAUUAAAUAGAUGUGCG